AUGGCACAGAAGACAUCGCAGAGCACGAAGGGGACGUUCACACGAGAGGAAGUGAGCAAACACACGACAAGUGAGGAUCUUUGGGUAAUCGUUGAUCACAAAGUCUACGACCUUGGGGAUUUCUCGGAUGCGCACCCGGGUGGCUCAGUAGUCCUUGAACAGGUCGCUGGCCAGGACGCUACCGAAGCAUUCUACAACUUGCACAGACAUGAAGUGCUCCAGAAAUACGAGUCCUUAUGCAUUGGAACCAUUGACGGGGAGAAGCCAGAAGUCAUUGACCCAAAGCCUGGCGAUCUAAGCCAAGUGCCAUACGGGGAGCCAUUGUGGCUCACGCCCCAAUUCAAGAGUCCUUACUACAAGGAUUCGCACCGACGAUUACAGAAGGCUUUGCGGAAGUUCGUCGAUGAAGAUAUCUACCCUGAGGCUCAGGAGAAAGAGCUCGAUGGGACAUAUAUCUCGCAAGAGCUCGUCGACAAAAUGGCGGCGAAUGGUGUCUUGGCCAUGCGUCUCGGUCCUGGCAAGCAUCUCGAGGGACAUAAACUACUGGGCGACGUGGAGCCUGCCGACUUCGACUUUUUCCAUGACCUGAUCGUCGCCCAAGAGCUAUCUCGAGCGAAAGCACGCGGCUUUCAGGAUGGGAACAUGGCUGGCAUGACAAUCUCUCUCUCUGCUGUGAAACAGUGGGCCAACGACACCGCAUUGCGCGACAAGGUCAUGGAAGAAUGCCUUUCUGGCAAAAAGUUCAUGAGUCUCGCUGUGACAGAAGCAUUCGCAGGCUCCGAUGUCGCCGGCCUUCGCACCACCGCAACCAAAACUCCAGACGGCAAACACUAUAUCAUCAACGGCACCAAGAAGUGGAUCACCAAUGGAAUGUGGUCAGACUACUUUGUGACCGCUUGCAAAACGGAGAAAGGUCACAACGUCAUUCUAGUGCCUCGUGACGACAAUAUCGAGACGAAGCGCAUCAAGACGUCGUAUUCCACCGCCGCCGCAACGACUUUCAUCGAGUUCAACAAUGUGAAGGUCCCCGUUAAUCACCUACUCGGCAAGGAGCACAAAGGUUUUGCCGUUGUAAUGAGCAACUUCAACCACGAGCGCUGGUUCAUGUCCUGCAUGGUCAUCCAGUGGAUGCGAAUGGUGACCGAAGAAUGCCUCAAGUGGUCGCACCAGCGCAUAGUCUUCGGGAAGCCCUUGAUCCAGCAACCUGUCAUUCGACAAAAGCUCGCGAGAAUGAUCAGCCUGACCGAGUCGUGCCAGAGCUACCUGGAAAGCCUGACCUUCAACCUCAACCACUUUUCCUACGACCAGCAAUCGAAGCUCAUGGGCGGGCCCAUUGGCCUUCUGAAGAGUCAUGCGACAAAAUGCGCUGGCGAGGUCGCGAGCGAGGCAGUCAACAUCUUCGGUGGCAGGGGUCUCACGCAGACCGGCAUGGGAAGAGUGGUAGAGCAGUUCCAUCGCACUUACAAGUUCGACGCGAUCCUAGGCGGAGCAGAGGAGGUCCUUGCAGAUCUGGGCGUGAGACAGGCCAUGCGAUUCAUGCCAAAGGCCAUGUUAUAG